GAGCGGGCUGCGGGGGGAGGAGGGGCCCUGGCGGAGACUCGUGGCUCCUGGCUCUGUUUACAAGCCUUUUACACUUUUAAUGUCAGCCUGCGCCUUCUCCCCGUCAAACUGGAGAGAGUAAGAGAGAGAGAUAGUCAGAACGGAACGGCGGAGCUCAGAGGACACACGGAGAUAGAGUCGCUCUCUAUACAAACUACAGCAUGGCUAGGCGACCGAGACACAGUGUGUACAGUAGUGAGGAAGAUGAUGAUGACAGUGAGAUGUAUGAACAUGACUAUGAUGGACCGCUGCCCAAGCCAAGCAAACGCCAUCUAGGCAAGACACGCUGGACACGAGAAGAGGAUGAGAAGCUGAAGAAGUUAGUAGAACACCAUGGAUCAGAAGACUGGAAGCUCAUCGCUAGUUUCUUACCCAACCGUACAGACGUUCAGUGUCAGCACCGCUGGCAGAAGGUUCUCAACCCAGAACUUAUCAAAGGACCCUGGACCAAGGAGGAGGACCAGCGAGUUAUCGAGCUAGUCCAGAAGUAUGGAGCCAAGCGUUGGUCGGUGAUCGCCAAGCACCUGAAGGGUCGGAUAGGGAAGCAGUGCAGAGAGCGCUGGCACAACCACCUGAACCCUGAGGUGAAGAAGACUUCCUGGACCGAGGAAGAGGACCAGAUCAUCUACCAGGCCCACGAGAAACUGGGAAACCGCUGGGCCGAGAUCGCCAAACUGCUGCCUGGCAGGUACGGAAAG